AUGGCCAAGUUGACCCAACUAUACAUUAAGGAGAUUGUGAGGUUGCAUGGAGUACCUUCAAGCAUAGUUUCAAACGGAGAUCCGCGGUUCACUUCCCGGUUUUGGCAGACAUUGCAGAGUGCUUUGAGAAAUGGGGAAGCAGUGCUUAUCGGACCAGAGUUGUUAGAACAGACCACUGAGCAAGUGAGAAUGGUGAGAGAUAGAAUACAAGCCUCUCAGAGUAGGCUGAAGGCUUAUGCAGACCGUAGGAGGAGACCCUUGGAAUUCACAGUUGGAGAUCACGUAUUCUUGAGGGUGACCCGAACCAUUGGUGUGGGAAGGCCUUUCCGCUCAAGGAAGCUUUCUCCUAAGUUUUUGGCCCUUAUCAGAUCUCGAGGAGGAUUGGUCUGUCGAGGAUAUGCAGAUCAAGAGAAUCUCACUGUGGAAGUACCACCAGUGGCUUUAGAGGAUAACCGAGUAGAGGAAUGUCGAGAAAAACUAAUCAGUCUCGUCAAAGUCAUCUAG